CUUCUCUCUCCUCAUCGCCCUCAAGGCUUCCUCUCUCUCUCACUUUUCUCAGAUCUCUCAAACGCCCAACCCUCAAAAUCCCAAAUCCUCUCGCCAAUCCUCUCCCAGCAGACAGACAGACUUCAUAUAAAUCCUUCAAGAACCUAUAAAAGUACCGUCUUUUCGAAAUCUCCUUCCCUCUCUCCCCCUUUCCUUUUUCCCUCCUUAAUUCGGAUAUAUUAUCCUCAUCACUAUACUCUCGACAUUCGAUUUCAAGAUUUCUCCCGAUCGCUCGUAACCUGGAACCCUAACUUGUUCUCACUUUCACGAUUUUGAUCUUCUGUUCUGUGCCUGGAUUGGGUUUGUGUGGGCAGAGUCUGUUUCUUCGAAUUGUGGGUGGAAAAAGGGGCACAAAGAGAGACGAGAAAAAAAACCUAAUUUUCAAAAGGAAAAAGAAAUAAGAUUUGAUUUUUGGGUUCUGGGUAUUCUUUUUGAGUUAAACCAAUUCAGGGAAGAAAAAAAAACCCUAUAUAUGGCGGAACAAGGAGGCUUGGAAGGGAGCCAACCGGUGGAUCUUUCCAAGCACCCUUCUGGCAUUGUACCCACCCUACAGAACAUUGUGUCCACAGUGAACUUGGAUUGCAAAUUGGAUCUUAAGCAAAUCGCUCUGCAAGCCCGUAAUGCAGAAUAUAACCCUAAACGUUUUGCUGCUGUUAUCAUGAGGAUCAGGGAACCUAAAACCACGGCGCUUAUCUUUGCCUCGGGGAAAAUGGUAUGCACUGGUGCUAAAAGUGAACAGCAGUCGAAAUUGGCAGCCAGAAAGUAUGCUCGAAUUAUCCAGAAGCUUGGUUUUCCAGCGAAAUUCAAGGACUUCAAGAUCCAGAACAUAGUUGGCUCAUGUGAUGUGAAGUUCCCAAUUAGGCUCGAGGGUCUGGCGUACUCUCAUGGUGCUUUCUCAAGUUACGAGCCUGAGCUGUUCCCUGGACUGAUCUAUAGAAUGAAACAGCCAAAGAUUGUACUCCUCAUUUUUGUCUCGGGGAAAAUCGUGAUUACAGGAGCUAAGGUGAGAGAUGAGACAUACACAGCCUUUGAGAAUAUAUACCCUGUGCUUACCGAGUUUAGGAAAAUCCAGCAAUGGUAUAUUCUCUCCCUCCUCCCCCUCCUCCCCCUUCACUGAUACUCCACAAAUCACUAACUCUUACGCUAGUGCUUCAAUGUUGAUGUUAAUGGUGCUCUUUGUAUUCAAUGCAGAUAUGCCUUCGAUAUGAUGGAGCUCUUGAUCUGUGAUGUCUAGGGAGCAUAUUGGACAUUUUCUGAUGGAUGGGGUCUUUUGGAAUUUGCAACUGUCCAUUGAAACAAGAGGGCGAACAAAUGGGAUUAUUAGGAGUUGGUGGCUGGGAGUGUUGAUGUUUGUAAUUAGGUCAAUCUUGGGGGUACUCCUGCCAAAAUUUGGGGACAGUUUUCUGUUAUAUGUACUUGGUAAAACUGUUCUCAGAGACUCGAUCCUUGAAGAAAGAAGCUAAGGGAAAAGAAAUGAAGAAAUGGGUUGCAAUUUUGGUGUCAGCUAAAAAUCAUAUGGUUUAAUUAUAUGGAAACGCGUAGCUGUUGGAGACAGGUUGCUCCUUUUCUGAUCUUGAACAUGAUUUGCUAAGGAUUUUUCAAUCCCCUCCUUCCUAGAAGGAUUGCUGGAUGACAGUUAACUCAUUUUGGUAUCUUGAAUUCUUGAUGGCAUUUGUCCCUUGUUGACCUCAUGAAAUAUUUUCAAUUUUUGCCGGAAGAAAAUAGGGUGUCGACGAAAAUACUAAAGUUUUGCACUCAAA